AUGAUGCAGACGCUUCAGAAUAUAUUUGACUCUUUGAGAAUAUCUGGAGAAAGUCACACUUUUAGACUGCGUGGUGGUGGAAAAAAACGAAAGAAGAAGACAUACACGACGCCGAAGAAAAAUAAGCAUAAGAGAAAGAAGGUCAAGCUUGCUGUACUGAAGUACUACAAGGUGGAUGAAAAUGGGAAGAUUUCUCGGUUGAGGAAGGAAUGUUCUUCACGUACUUGUGGAGGUGGUGUUUUUAUGGCUAGCCAUCACAACAGAUAUUACUGUGGGAAAUGCUAUGAAACUCUUGUUAUGCAAGACCCUAAAGAAAAAGCUGGAAAAGCCAAAUAA